CACAAAUGUCAAGUGAACGAUGAAGUGCUCGACGAGGGUGCAGACGAGGAAGAAGUGGGACGCCACUUCGCACGGCGAACACGAAUCGUGCUCCAGGUGCGGCAAGUGUCUGACUAAAAUGCAGCUCGUACUACUGUCGGCGCUAUUCUGCACUUCUCUAACGACAGCUGCGACAUUGGAGAUACGAAAGCUGGAAGUGCCCAGUAUCGCCGAUCCGAGGUGGGAGAGGGUGUUACUCAAGUGCGAAUACGAUCUCGGUGGCAAGGAACUGUAUUCGGUAACGUGGAACAAGGAUGGCCAGGAAAUCUUCAGAUACAUGCCGGGAUCAGCGACGCCCAAGCGACCUCAAAAUAUCAGCGGGCUGUACAUCGACCUCAACCGAAGUGACCACAAGCAAGUGACACUUCUGGGCCCGAACACCCGCAAAGGUAAAGUCGACUUGGCCGGGUCUUACGGCUGCGAGGUGUCAUCCGAAUCGCCGAGUUUUGAGACAGAUUACAGAGAGGCGAACAUGAGCGUGGCUGUACCGCCUAAAAGUGCCCCGGUACUCGAGGGGGUGCGACCUUCUUACGAAGUCGGCGAGAUCCUCCAAGCGGAGUGCACGUCGGGAUUGAGUUACCCCCCGGCAGUUUUAACGUUCAUCUUGAACAAUAAAGAGGUAAACAGAGCCUUAACUAAAGAUUUACGGGGAAUUGGCAACAUAGACGGACUGGUCUCCACGACGCGGCUAGGCCUGACAAUGCGCCUGGAACGGCACCACUUUUCCGGCGGCAGUUUGACGCUGAUCUGCCAGUCGACGCUACCGGGAAUCUCCAAUGACCAGCCCCUCAAGACGAUCGAGAUUGCCACACUCGCCGCCAGCAACCAACGUCUCGCCCAGGAGCCCCCUAAAUCGGGCUCGAGGUCAAACAUUGAGCUCUACCCGAUUCUGACCUGCUGGACGAUGACCGUGAUUCACGUGAUUCGCUACGACAGUCUCAGACUUCUGCACGUUUAAUAUCGAUCGGUGCGCUUAAUUAUUCGAUCGACGACCCCGAAGAAUUCGGAUUCUUUAAAAAGUACGUGCUAAUUAGUGUAUAUGUCUUCUCGUGAUCAGGAAAGAAAAAAAAACGUCGCGCGUAUCGUCAUCGGCUUUUCUUUACAUGUCAAUCAAGCGCGAUACAUACAUUUCGAAUGCGUCCCGAAUUUUCGCGCAAUCCACACACGUUCGCUCGCAU